AUGCCUGUCGCCAUCAAAGAAACCAAGCCAGCAACGCCAGCGAAGAUGAAGUUGUUGGAUGUAGAAGCGGUACUUGGCAGGCUAUCGCUGCCCGACAAGGUAGCUCUGCUUUCUGGAAAAGACAAUUGGCACACGAAGGACUUUGUCGCACUUGGUGUCCCCUCGCUCAGACUGUCAGAUGGACCCAAUGGUUGCCGAGGGACCAAGUUUUUCGAAGGCGUGCCAGCAGCAUCAUUUCCUUGUGCGACGGGGCUGGCGAGUAGCUGGGAUAUUGAGCUGUUGGACAAAGUUGGCGCUGCCAUUGGUGAAGAGUGCCGAGCCAAAGGAGUUCAUGUUCUUCUCGCCCCCACCGUGAACCAGCACAGAACUCCACUCAACGGACGCGGCUUUGAAAGCUUUUCCGAAGAUCCGUUGCUGAGCGGAAAGCUGGCUGGGAGCUUCAUCAGAGGAUGUCAGGCUACUGGUGUUGCGGCUGCCCUCAAGCAUCUGGUCUGCAAUGACCAAGAGACGAAGAGAGUGACCGAAGUCGACGAGAGAACUCUCCGCGAAAUCUACCUCAAACCAUUCGAGAUCGCUAUCAGAGAGGCCGAUCCUUGGCUGGUCAUGACAAGCUAUAAUCGUCUGAACGGGCUGCACUGUUCCGAGACAAAACGACUCAUUUCUGGUAUCUUGAGAGAUGAGUGGGGUUUCACAGGUGCAGUCGUAUCUGACUGGCACGGUACGUAUUCCACCGACGAGGCCAUCCAUGCCGGUCUGGAUCUCGAGAUGCCGGGGCCUUCUAUCAUUCGCGGACCAGCCCUUUUGAGGAUGGUGACUUGCGGAAAGGUGACAGAGGAUGAGAUUACGGAGCGAGCCCGACAGGUCCUUUGCUUAGUGAAUCGGUGCAUACCUUCCAGUAUCCCUAGUAUGGCGGAGGAGAGAGAAAACCCUGACCCUGCCCUCGAUACUUUACGAGAGUCAGCUGCGAGCGCGGUGGUCCUUCUCAAGAACGACACAAAUACUCUUCCAAUAUCAAGAACCGCCAGGAGAAUAGCCGUCAUUGGCCCCAAUGCUGGCAGGGCUUGUAUCUUUGGAGGUGGAAGCGCCGAAUUGAGACCAACGUACUCUGUCAGCCCUCUCGAGGGCAUCAGGAAAGCGGCUGGAUCAGCUUGCGAUGUGGUCUAUGCUGCUGGAUGUGACGCACAUAAGCUUACUCCCCUAUUGGGCGAACGAAUGACCAACUCCCGAGGCGCUAUGGGCUUCGACAUCUCUUUCUACAAUGAACCCCCUGAUCGACACCAGAAGGCUAUCCACAGCCUUUCGACUAGCAACUCCAACAUGUUUUUCAAUGACAACCUGCCCGACUCACUCGAUCGCGCAUGCUAUGCGACAAUCACUGGACAUUUCACUCCCGAGCGGUCUGGUGUCUAUGAAUUUGGUAUCGGUGCCUUGGGGGUGGUGGAUAUGUAUAUUGAUGAUGUUCUGUUCAUCGACAACACCACCAAUCCAACUCCAGGAGAGCUUUUCUACGGGAAAGGUUCCCGGGAAGAGACGUCGGAAGCACACCUCCAAGCAGGCAUUGCUUACAGUAUUCGCCUCGAGUAUGCUUCGCCGUCCGCAUCUACCAGCUUCGUCGGUCCCCUGGCGCUUAGCUCCAGAGGUGGUGUCCGAUUCGGUGGCUACCUCAAGCUUUCUCCGGAAGAGCAUCUUAAAGAGGCUGUUGAACUGGCUCAGUCUGCGGAUGCUGUUGUACUAGUAGCUGGUUUGAACUCUGAGUUCGAGACAGAGGGUUUCGAUCGUGCCGAUAUGGCCCUCCCUCCAGCCUCUCUCAAUCUCAUCGAGAAAGUCCUCGCCGUCCGCCCCGAUACGAUCAUCUGUGUCCAGUCUGGAACUCCUGUCGAGAUGCCUUUUGCAUCUCAGACCUCGUCCCUCAUUCAGCUCUUCUACAAUGGCAACGAAAUUGGGAAUGGUCUCGCAGAUGUUCUUUUUGGAGACGUGAACCCUUCAGCCAAGUUGCCUUUUACGAUACCGAAGAAGCUGCAAGACUGUGCGUCGCAUGCUGGAUCAACGGAUAUGCCAGGGGGCUUAAGCUUCCCUGGUAAAGAUGGGAAGGUGUAUUAUCAAGAAGGGGUAUUCAUGGGAUAUCGACAAUUUGUGAGCGGCGGGCCCGAGCCCGCAUUUGCGUUUGGUCACGGCCUCAGCUACUCGGACUUUUCCUAUACAUCUUGUCAGAUAAGCCGAAACGUCAUGUCAUCCAACCCCAACACGAUCGUGCGGUGCACUAUCACCAACAGCGGCUCUACCCCCGGACGAGAAAUUGUCCAGACAUACGUAUCGGCUCCCCUCUCUUCUAUCUCUCGUCCAUCACGAGAACUUCGAGGGUUCACAAAGACAAAGCUUCUCCAGCCUGGGGAAAGUCAAGUGGUCAGCAUCCGUCUCGAUCAAGAGGCUUUCGCAUAUCAUGGGGAGAAGGGGUGGACAGUGGAAAAGGGCGAGUAUCAGGUGCUUGUUGGAGCGUCGAGCGUGGAUAUCAGGGAGACGAUCAGUGUGACGAUUGAGGAGGAUUUCGUUUUCUGA